AUGAAGUCGUCUGUCAUCGCCGGGCUCUUGGCCUCGGGUGCCGCCGCUCAGAGCGGUGCCUGGGGGCAGUGCGGUGGCAUUGGCUUUGCCGGUGCCAAGAGCUGCGUGUCUGGAUACCAUUGUGUCUCCGUCAAUGACUGGUACAGCCAGUGCCAGCCCGGAGCUGCCGCGACCACUUUGGCGACGUCGACCACCUCCUCACGCCCUGCCUCGGGCACGUCGACCACCACGUCGACCCCGCCCACCUCGACCGGCACUGUUGGCGUUCGCUAUCUUGGCCGCGUCAACCCGAACACCAAGGAGCUGAGCUGGCCUGGCUCUGGCAUCUCCUUCACAUUCACGGGAACCUCCGCCACCAUCGGCAUCGCCUCCGUCAGCGGCACCAACAGCGUGGACCUCGUCGUCGAUGGCGGCGCUCCCGUCGUCAUCACCAGCUUUGGCUCCAGCAUUACCACGCCCGCCGGCCUCUCCCAAGGCACGCACACCGUCACCCUCCGCAAGCGGUCCGAGCCCUCCUACGGCUCCAUCUCCCUCGGCUCCCUCACGACCAACGGCGCCUUCGUCGCCGGCACCGUCCCCACCCGCCAGAUCGAGAUCAUCGGCGACUCCAUCACCGUGGGUUACGGCCUCGACGGGACCAACCCGUGCACCAACAACGCGGCCCUCGAAGAUAACCCCAAAACCUACGGGGCCCUUGCCGCCGCCGCCCUCGGCGCCGACUACAGCGUGAUCGCCUGGAGCGGCAAGGGCGUAGUGCGCAACAUCGCCACCGGCAGCGUCGACACGAGCCCCCUCAUCCCGGAGCUCUACACCCGUUACGGCGCCAACGACGCCGACAACAGCUACACCUACCCCUCGACCUGGUCCCCCGCCGCCGUCGUCAUCAACCUCGGCACCAACGACUUCAGCUACAUAUCAUGGGACGCCUCCGGCAACGCCUACCCCGCGCGCGACGGACUGAACAUCACCACGUACACCAACGGGCUGGUGUCCUUUGUCCAGAGCAUCCAGACGCACUACCCCAACGCGCACUUCUUCCUAGUUGGCUCGCCCAUGCUGAGCGAUUACUACCCCGCCGCGUCGGACGCGCAAAAGACCACGCAGACCAACGCCCUGAAGAGCGCCGUCUCGAAGCUGGGCGCCAAGGCGCACUUUGUCGACUGGCCGACGCAGGGGAGCGAUGUGGGCUGUGAUUAUCAUCCGAAUGCUGCGACGCAUGCGGCGGAGGGGACUGUGCUCGCGCAGGCGAUCAAGUCCGCGUUGGGGUGGUAA